CUUCCUCUACUCUUUCAAACCCUAAUAUAUUUCUCCCUCUACUCUCUCUCACUCUACAGUUCUUCUUUUUAUUCUUACUCUUCUUCAUUUCUCCUUCUUCAAUGGGUUCAAUGAACAACUGGUUAGGCUUCUCUCUAUCUCCGACGGAACUCCCACCCUCAUCACACUACCCCUAUCAAGCUCACCCCUCUCCAACCACAGUCACCAGCAACUGCUUCAGCUUCUCAACAGAUCACUCAGCAUCUGAUAAUAAUCAUCAGACUCCUCUCGUCGACAUCGACUUUCUCAGCUCUGCUCCCCACCAUCAACAUCAAGAAUGGAACAUGAAGAACUGUGAGCUUUCAAUGCUGGUUGGAUCUGAUAACAAAAGUAUAAAUAACAGUGAGCCAAAGAUGGGAGAUUUUCUCAGUGGGCAAUCAUACUUGUACAAUGAGGGGUACCCUCUUCAGCUUCCAGUUCAAGCAGUGAUGCCGACAAUGCCGAAUAUUAACGCAGAAGAAUCACAGUCAAGCUCUAAUCUGCCGUUGGCCAUAACAGCAGGAGUUGGGGUAGAGGAAAGGCUGGCACUGGAGAAUAAGAAGGAUGAUGAGCAGUGUGGUGCUAAAGAAGUUACUAAGAAAUCUGUGGAGACAUUUGGGCAGAGAACUUCGAUUUAUCGGGGUGUUACAAGGCAUAGAUGGACUGGCAGGUAUGAGGCUCAUCUAUGGGACAAUAGCUGCAAAAGAGAAGGGCAAACUCGAAAGGGUCGACAAGUCUAUUUGGGGGGCUAUGAUAAAGAAGAUAAGGCAGCUCGAGCUUAUGAUUUGGCUGCUCUCAAAUAUUGGGGUGCUACUACAACCACCAAUUUCCCUAUAAGUAAUUAUGUAAAAGAAAUAGAAGAAAUGAAGCAUAUGACAAGGCAGGAGUACAUUGCUUCUUUAAGGAGAAAGAGCAGUGGAUUUUCUCGUGGAGCAUCUAUUUAUCGCGGAGUUACAAGGCAUCAUCAACAUGGGAGAUGGCAAGCAAGAAUAGGAAGAGUAGCAGGAAACAAGGAUCUCUACUUGGGAACAUUCACCACCCAAGAAGAGGCAGCAGAGGCCUAUGACAUUGCUGCCAUAAAGUUCCGCGGCCUCAACGCAAUCACCAACUUUGAAAUGAGUCGCUACGACGUUAAGAGCAUCCUCGAGAGCAGCAAUCUUCCUAUCGGUCCCUCAACCAAACGUCUCAAAGACUCCUCUUCCUCUGAUAAUUCCUCCACCAUUACCGAAGGAAUCAGCAACUAUGGCUGGCCUCCGACAUUAGCCUUCCAACAAAGUCAGUACCCUUACAACAACUACCAGCAUUCUUGGUGCAAGCAAGAAGAGGAUUACAGCACAAUGCCCGCACAAACCUUGCAGAAUCUCAAUAGCUAUGGUAUCGGCUCAUGCUCAACCUUACUUGAACUCGGUACAGGGAUGAGCUCAGAUGUUUACUACAGUGGCAGGAAUUUCCCCAGUGUUUUGGGAUGGUCAGAUUCGUAUAAGAAUGCAUAUUAUGAACAAAGCAGUGGUUGCAGUGCACUGAUGGAGGCUUCAGCUCAGGGGAUAGCACAAGCAAAUGUGUGCAACGGAGCUCCUCCUCUUUUUACAGUUUGGGAUGAAUCUUAAAUGGCUGGAGGUGCAAAUUGGGAAGAGGUGUAGAGCUUACAUCCUGACUUUUGAUUUUGUUUUUUGUGGAAGAAUAGUUGUUAGUAGGAGAUGGACAUGAUGAUUCGUCUGAUACGGUCUGGUAAUGGCAAGUGAGGGUAUUAUUGUGUAUUUAUCCUCACUUAAUAGCUGUUAAUUUUGGGGAUUUUUCGGAUGAAUUAGUCGAUAGAAAGCUAAUCUCUUUGUAACUUCAGACGUAAUAUAAUCUGA